CCCAUGUUGUUUGUUUAUCAAACCAGCGUCAGACAAAUCCACAAACAGAGCUGGUUACAGAGCUCAAUUCCAGUGAGGUAUUUCAAAAUACAGAGGGAAAUAGUCGGUCAGAACCGCUGUGGAGGUUCUGGUGACGUCAGCGGGAUCACGGGAAGUUCAGUGCAGGUUCAUCCAGAGUUCACUCGCAUACAUUUGGUCAGAACAUCGCUCUGCCUCCGUCUAGUAGCUCGUGUGCGGACAGUCGUCCGUGAAAACGCGACAAAACGGAAUAGUAAACUUGGAUUUAAGCCUUAAAAUCGUCCGAGAGAGCUCCGUUGAAAGCGGUGACCCACCAGGCGGACGAUGCACGGGGGACUCCAGAACCGCCCCUCUGGAUGUUAAGCUCGCGAAGCACCACAGCAGGCUGGCAGUCCGAGACCGAGCGGCCCGAGGGAACCCACUCCAGAUGCGGGCACAUCUUCCGGCGGACGUCGCUGAAACCGAACCGCACCAUCAUGUUUGACUACAUGGAAAUGGCAGCGUUUGGCUCCGGAGAUACUUUGGACUUGUACAUAUCGAGCCCAGCCUACAGCGCGCUGCACGACCAAGACCAGUACCUGGACCAGUACCCGUGCCAGUAUCCGGACCUGUACCAGGACCAGUUCCAGGAAGCGGAGCAGGAUUUGGCAGCCUACUUCCCGGAGCUGGUGGAGAGUCAUCGCUGCUCACAGUCUGUGGAGAGUCAAAGUUCAAACUCAAGCUCGGAUGAUUUGUUCGCCAGCGCGCCCUCCCCGCCACCGCCGCCUCGCACCUACAAGCCGUGCUUCGUCUGUCAGGACAAGUCCUCGGGCUACCACUAUGGAGUCAGUGCCUGCGAGGGGUGCAAGGGCUUCUUCCGCCGCAGCGUGCAGAAGAACAUGGUGUACACGUGCCACCGAGACAGAAACUGCAUCAUCAACAAGAUCACCAGGAACCGCUGUCAGUCCUGUCGGCUGCAGAAGUGCUUCGCCGUGGGAAUGUCGAAGGAAUCGGUAAGAAAUGACCGGAACAAGCGGAAGGGAAAGAAGGAGGAGGUGAAGAUGACCGUCAUGGAGACAUACGAGCUGAGCGCUGAGCUCGGCCUGAUCGUGGAGAAGAUCUGCCGAGCCCACCGGGAGACCUUCCCCUCGCUGUGCCAGCUGGGGAAGUACACCACGAACUCCAGCUCCGACCACCGGGUCCAACUGGACCUCGGCUUGUGGGACAAGUUCAGCGAACUGGCCACCAAGUGCAUCAUCAAGGUGGUGGAGUUCGCCAAGCGGGUGCCAGGAUUCACAGGACUGACCAUCCCGGACCAGAUCACACUGCUCAAAGCUGCCUGUCUGGACAUCUUGAUUCUGAGGAUCUGCACUCGCUACACUCCCGACAAGGACACCAUGACCUUCUCCGAUGGCCUGACCUUGACCCGCACGCAGAUCCACAACGCUGGGUUCGGCCCGCUGACCGACCAGGUCUUCACCUUCGCUGGACAGCUGCUGCCGUUGGAGAUGGACGAGACGGAGUCCGGCCUCCUCAGCGCCAUCUGCCUGGUGAAUGGAGAUCGCCAGGACCUGAAGGAACCAUCCAAGGUGGAGGUCCUGCAGGAGCCGCUGCUGGAGGCGCUGAAGAUCUACUCCAGGAAGAGACGGCCCAGCAUGCCGCUCAUGUUCCCCAAGGUCCUGAUGAAGAUCACAGACCUGCGCAGCAUCAGCGCCAAAGGAGCCGAGCGCGUGGUGACGCUGAAGAUGGAGAUCCCUGGCUCCAUGCCUCCGCUGAUCGAGGAGAUGCUGGAGGAUCUUCACAACCUGGAGCAGGACCAGAAGAAGAAGGAGCCCACCCAAGACGCAGAGACUCCUCUUUGUCAGUGAUGAAGACGUAGGUCAGAGCGUGUCAUACCUCAACUUUUUGCUGCCAGGACUCUGAAGAGCCAACAGAAUGUCAUUUUGGGCUUUAAGACUUUGUCUGUAUUUAUGUGCGCACCAUACCUCAGUCAGGAGAAGUGGCCUCCCGGCAUGAGGAGGUUUCUCCUUCUGCAUCCUGCUGUUGCCAUGGAAACAUCCAGACUCAAGUUUGUACUGCAUCGACUCGACAACAUUAGUAAUCAACCCUGAAAUCAAUCUAUUUUAUUGUAGUUUUGAGUCAUGCUCAAUUUUCAACGUCGUCAUGGGAACGAAUGUUUUGAUCUUAACUCCGCCUCCUGACGUCACCUCCUGCUUCACAUCAGCACUUUACAUUGAGAAUUCCUUUGAAACACUCACCGAAUUCCAACUGUCCACAGCACCGUAUUGUUUUUUGGCUGAGUGAUCUGAAUUCAGUGAAAACAAAUCUCUUGUAUCAUUAAUAACACCAAAACUACUAGAUCAAAGAUAUAAAAUGUUAUCUCUUGAAAGUAUAUUGACACACUCAAACGUCUUAUUAAAUGGAAUCACUAGGUUUAAAUGGAAUGGAUGGACAAAAAUAUUGAACAACGAAUGUAAUAAAUAAAUCAUUACUGGGAAUGAAAUAUGAAUAAAAAAUAGUCAUACAGACUCACAUUAUGAAUAAUAAAAUCAUAUCUUAUCUUAUCAUAUCUUAAAUAAUCUUUAAAUAAGCAGAAAUACAUAUACAUACAUUAAUAAUAGUAAAUCUUUAUAAGAUAGUUAAAUAUUUCUAAAAUUUGUAAAUUAGUCAUGUGACACAUUUCUGUCAUUCUUAGAGCAUGAAUGAAAUAAAAAUAUAUUUUUUAUUUCACACUCUAAAUCACUAAAAUAAAUAUAAAUCACUGCAAAUAUUUCUAUUAAUAAAAGAGGACUGGGAUAAUGUUCAAAAUAAUUUGGGGUAUAUUAAAAUGAGAAAUUCCCGCCACAUUAUUCACUUAAAAAAGAUAAAUAAAUUGCAUCAGAACAAGACUCCCAUGCUUGUAGCUUUAAACAAGCUACAGUACAAUGCCUUUCCAAAUUUCAAAUAAUAGUCUGUACACGAUUUGUGGAACAUUUUGGUGAAUAAAUAACCACAUUAAAAUAGUUCAAAUACUUUUUUCACUUUGAGAUUAAACAGAAACAAAACUAAGUGUGGGUGUCAGUGGUCAUAAUGUUAUGGCUCGCUGCUUUAAGGGCUUGAUGAAUGCUUGUUACUUCACCCUCCAGUUUCCCCGCUGGUCCACUCCAUCUGUGCUUCUUUACUUUUGCUCUCCACUGGGAUCUCACUCACCGAAGAAGCAGAUUGACUUUUGUACAAUAAAAACGUGUAAAUAUCAAUGUCUCACUCCUGAUGUAAAAGUUUGCAGAUUGAAACCUUUGAUUGCGAGUCUCUCUGUGUGGAUGAAGAAUAACUCAGCAUGUACAUACAUGUUUUUCUGAAGCUUAUGAUACGAUACUUUUUUUUUUUACUCUCAACAUGAUUGUUACGUCGCUUUUGGAAAAUAAAUGAAGUC